AUGAGCAACAUCUCCCAAACCCUCCAGGGUCUAAAGCGCUUCACUACCUGUGACAUCGGCGAUGCCCUAGUCAAGCUCAAACAGCCCUAUGGCGGCUUCCUAGACGGCCUGAAGAUGUACUCUCCCGGUGGCGGGAGCAUCUAUGGCCCAGCAAUCACAGUGAAAAUGGUCGAGACCAAUAGUCCCGGCCCGACACCGGCGAUGCAUUUCGCUGACGCGAAUAAGGAGGGCCAUAUUAUGUACAUUCAGCAACCGAAGGGGAUGUACUCGGCGUGCUGGGGUGGUCUGAUGUCGACUCGGGCGCAAAAAUUAGGGAGCUUGGGGACGAUGAUUGAUGGGCGGAUGAGGGAUACGAGCGAGCAUGUUGAGAUGGGGUAUCCUGUCUUUGCGCGGGAUACUUCGGUUCUUGGAUCAAACACUUUCACUCGUGCCUCGGAGAUUAAUGUCCCUGUGCAAUUUAAAGGUGAUCUUUGGGUACAUCCGGGGGAUAUUCUCGUAGGUGAUGAGAAUGGAGCUGUCGUGGUCCCGCCGUCCUUGCUGGAGCAGGUAAUUGAAUUGUGCCAGGAGCGCUUUGAGAUUGAUGAAAAGACCAUGCAGGCUUUGCGGGCAGGUGAGGCUAUGGGUCCUACAAUUAAAAGACUGCGCAAAUAG